AUGUGGCCAGAAAUUGCAGAUGCAGGGGUGAUAGAGGAGUAUACACAGUAUUACAUUGCUCAUCCGAUUCCAUGGAUCUUAGAUCCCACAGAGCCCAUGCCACCAUUUGAGGAUGACAGAGCACUGCAAAAGGGGAGGAGGAGGAGAUUAGGCAGGGGUGGUAGAGGUGGGGGAGGUGGAUUUGGAGGUGGAGCAGGUGGGGAAGUUUUUGGAAGAGGAGGAGGUGGAGUUGCUGCUACUAAUGGUGCGGAUGAUGGGAUGACGAGUUCGUUUGGUGGGAUGAGUGACAUUGGUGAUGGUUGUAUUGGGAUUCUGAGCCUUAAUGGGGCAGUCAGGAUAGUGCUUGAUGCCGCUUUAAUAAUGAAAGGUGGCCUUUUGGCAGUAGGCUGA